UUCUUCCAUGGUCCUUCCUUUUUAUAUUACACACACACAAAAGUAUAGAGCAUUUUCUAGGGUUCCAAACCAGCAGGAGGGCAUCCAUCUUUCUCUUUCUUACUAGUUACCAGCUGGAAAAUUCUUCCUAUCUUUCUAGGGUUCUGAUAUAUAUAUAUUUUCCUAGAUAAUUUUCCCAUCCAUCUUUUCUUAUCUUGAUCUCCAUCUCUGCAGAUCUGCAAGACCCAGAAAAUAAAGCUUUGGUCAGGUUUUCCUUUUUUGGGGGUGACAUUUGCCUUAUCCUCUUAUCCCCUUUUUGUUCCUGGAUCCAAAACUCUCCGCCUUUUUUGGGUUCUGAAUUGAAUUGUGUUCUCUUUCAUUUUCUCAUCUGGGUUUUCCCGGAAAGCUUGUUUCCCUGGUCGAGUGGAUUGCUUGAGCUAGCAUGGUGAGGGGAAAAAUUCAGAUGAAAAGGAUAGAAAAUGCGUCAAGCAGGCAAGUGACCUUCUCCAAGCGCCGAAGUGGGCUCCUGAAGAAGGCUUUUGAGCUCUCAGUUCUGUGUGAUGCUGAAGUUGCACUCAUCAUCUUCUCUCCAAAAGGGAAGCUCUACGAGUUCUCAAGUUCCAGUGUUAACAAGACAAUAGAACGAUAUCAAAGAAAUACCAAGGAACUAGGGAGCGGCAAAGCAGCACCCCAAGAAAUUUUACAGCAUUUGAAGGAAGAAGCUGUUUCCAUAUCCGACAAGAUUGAGCUUCUUGAAUCCUCAAAACGAAAGCUCAUGGGAGAGUGCCUUGAAUCGUGCUCCAUCGAUGAGCUGCAGCAAAUAGAAAAACAGUUGGAACAAAGUUUAAGCAGCAUCAGACGAAGAAAGACUAUGUUAUUUAUGGAGAAGAUUAAGCAACUAAAGGAAGAGGAGAGAAGCCUAACAGAAGAGAAUGCAAAGCUGCGGGAACAGUACCGUGGAAUGCAGUCGCAGCUGCUUUCAAUUACACUGUCGGCAGCCGGCGGGAGAGAAAUCUACGAUGUGGAGACGGAAUUGUUCAUCGGACCGCCGGCGGAAGGGCGAACUCGCCGGCCUUUAUAAUUGGAUAAUGUAUAUAUGUACACGAUGGGUGUGGAAUAACUUUUCUUAACAUUAAUGGUGGUUGUGCAUGUGUAAAGAGUGGGCUAGAGAUAUAUGAAUUUGGGUAUUGAGGCCAAUACAAAGGAGGAGAGGAGAUAAAUCAGUCAAAAUCUGCAAGGAAAAAAGUGGCCCUUACAUGGGGAGUGGAGUGCAACAUUCAACCUCUCGGUGACCGACAGGCCGUGCCCGUGCAAUGAAUAAUUGCAUGCUUGGGGAUCAGUUGAGAAAUGUUAUUAUUCAGUAGUAGAACUAGAUUUGUAGAUUCAUAAGAAGAAUAAAAGGGAUAACGAUGUUGAGUCCGGCAGCAGGAGUGGUUGAAUGUGAAGUUCACAGACAACAAUUUGUACCA